UGUGUUCCUUUGAACCAAACACAGGUUUCUAUAAAGGUAUAGCAGCGCCUCCGGGCUACACAGGGACACAGGUCAGACUGCUGCAGCAGAAGACGUAGCCUCAGAGAGAGCCUUCCUCCCGUUCGACUACCUGUUCCACGCUCUUCCCGGGAUGGUGUCCUGUCGUGGGCGCGCGGUCGUGCUGGCCUGCUUCGUCUGUGUUUCACUCCGAGGUCUUUUAGCCCAGCCAGUGAACGCCACAGCGGAGCCCAGCCCAGAGACCAGUGCCAAGCAGCUUGUCCGCGGGCCCAGCCACGCUCUGAGCCCCGGCGAGGCGGAGUUCAUCCGUCAGAGGAAGGAGGUGGUGCUGGCGUCCCUUGGUAGACUCAACAUCAGCAGCACAGCGGACUCGGUGCCCCACAUCGCCCUGCUGGGCUCUGGGGGGGGGCAGAGGGCAGCUGUGGCUCUCCUGGGGUCUCUCCAGCAGAUGGGGCAGGACGACCUGCUGGACACCCUGCUCUACAUUGGAGGAGUGUCUGGGUCCACAUGGACCUUGGCUUUACUGUACAGUGAUCCUCAGUGGAGUGUCAACAUGGAGCCAGUGUUUUCCAGACUGGGGGGCCACAGAGAAACAACUUGGUUGAGCCUAUCUACUGGGCCUUAUCGUUGGCUAAAGACCAAAUCCAAAGAUGAGGACUUCUCCCUGUCAGAUAUCUGGGGUCUGCUGACCUCUUAUCUCUUCAUGAACCACAUGGAUCAACGUCUCCUGUCAGACGAGGCCAGUCGAGACAACACCAACCCAUACCCUGUCUACAGCGCCAUAGAGAAGGAGUGCUUCAAUACGAACACAACAGACGCUGUGUGGUUUGAGUUUACCCCUCAUGAGGCAGGCUUCCCAGAGUUGGGUCACUUUGUUUCGACUGCCUACCUCGGCAGCGGUUUCGAGGGAGGGGAGCUCAAGGAGCAGAAGCCAGAGAUGGAUAUGGUUCAACUGCAAGGUAUUGUGGGUUCUGCUUUGGCACAUGAGGACAGCAUUGCAGAGAUGGUGCCUUCUUGGAUGAAUAUGUCAACAGCUGGUAGGCCUACAGCCGUGAAGGACCAUCUGCGUAUUUAUUUCACGUUGAAUAUUCUGUUGGAGCUGCUCAAAUCUGGAAUCAAAGAUGUCACGGAUUUGGCUAAAGUGGAAGAGCUGCAGAAAAGGGCGUCUGAUAUACUUCUCGAGGAGGUGCCUUUGCACACGAUGACCAAAGAGGAGCAGGUUGAAGAGUUGCAGCGCAAGAACCUGGCGCUGGUUGCAAGCGUCCAGACCUGGGUCGCGGAAAUGAACAUUGGGCUACAGAAAAAUGCAGUUACUGAGUUGAUGGAAGUGGUUCUCCCAUUGCUGAUCAAAUGGCAGUGGGGAACAACAGAAAACUUCCUUUACGCGGUCAAAGAUUCGGAGGUCCCUGAUUGUCUCCAGUCAAGGGUGUUAAACCUGAUCGACGGGGGCAUCGCCAUCAACAUGCCGUACGAACCCUUCUUGGGGAAGAAGAGAGACGUAGACCUCCUCAUAGCACCAGAGUUCAGUGCCGGGGAAAUGUUUGAGACUCUGACCCUUGCCAGGGACUAUGCAGCUGCAGUUGGGAAGCCCUUCCCAGUGAUACACGAGCAGGUCCUGCUAGACAAAGACUGGCCCAAGGACUUCUACGUGUUCCCGGGGGAGAAUGACCAACCCACCAUCAUAUUCAUGCCUCUUUUCAACAGGAUCAACUGCAAAGAUGAGGCCGAGGUCAAGGCCAGGAUGGUGGAGUACAGCACCUUCCAGAGGCCCUUCAGCCCGGAGAAGAUCGCCGCCCUGCAGGAGAUAGCGCGCGACAACAUGAGGAACAACAAGGACGCCAUCGUGAGGGAGAUCCAGAACGCUGCCACGCGCAGGCAGGGCCGCAGGAACGUGACAGACUCUGCUCUCUAAAGUAUGGCUGUACGUUACCAUCAACGUGGCUGACACUGUCCUCCUUCGGUUUGACACCAGAGAUCUCUUUGAUGGCUUUGACAUUAUUAUUAAUUUGUGCAACUGUUGGAAGGAAGACUAGCUGGUGUCAGGAAACAGUCAAUGGAUAACCUUAUAAUAAAACACACACACACACACACACACACACACACACUGUCAAGUUAUCUGGGUGAUGUUUUCAUUUGUGCUUGCCCAACUUGAAAUGGCACUGAUAGACAGGACGCAGGACAGCUCAAAUCCUUCUCCUUGAUUUUAUUGAGCAUGAAUCGUUUAGAACAUGAACAACAAACAUUCCGUAGUGGGAUUCGGACUAGGUUGAAAACCUAUUGAUAAAGAAAUUAAAUCAAGUUAGUUCUCAAAUAAAUCAAAAUGCCUAAUCAAACAUUUAAAUCAAAUCCAAAUAUCUGUUAGGUAUCAAACAAAUCCAAGUAAUUCGGUUAGAUAUCAUAAACAAAUAUAUAAUUACAAUAUCACUAUGAUAUCUAAUAUCACUGUGUUGUAAAAUAACAAUGGUCUUCCACACAAACAUUUUCACCAUGUGCGCCUCGACCAAACGUGCCCAAGACGUCUUUAAGGACGUCUGCGCCGUCCCAUGCGCUGUCACAUGGAAGACAUGACAAACGGGAAAAAGUGCCAGAAACAUACGCAUUGUGCAAACGACACCUUAGUUCAAAACAUAAAUAACAUACCAAUGCGUGCUCUCGUGUCCUCCAAUGCACAAACCCUUCAUAGCCCGGCCGGAAAUCGCGGACCAUGAUAGCCUCACCCAUGUCUAUGGCCUCACCCGUGCUCACUCACCUCACGUGCCGUAAUCACGCAAGUGCCACCCGGUGUGUUUUCAAAUCGAACACGUGUGAUUUGCGCAUUUCCCCUCCACGCCACUAGAGGUCGUCCUCAACGAUGCGAUUCUAUUUUUUUCAAUCUAAAUGCGAUCUCUGUCUUUACACACACACACACACACACACACACACACACACACACACACACACACACACACACACACACACACACACACACACACACACACACACACACAAACACACACACACACACACACACACGCGCGCGCACACACACACACACACGCACACGCACACGCACACGCACACACUCAGACUCAGACUAUUAUGACUAAUAUCCUCCUUACCUUAUUUUAAGGUUAUCUGCCAACAUUGUAGCUACCAACCAUGCUUGUAUGUUUAAAAACCUCACAUAGCGUUUCAAUUCAUAAUGCAUCAUUUUUAACUUUAGCAUUUGCAUUUAGUAUUCCCACUCCCUGCUCGGUCCGCUCAGUAUUGUUCGUGGUCUUGAGGGAUUCUGUUUUAGAUACUUGUGUGCUCACAACAAUAAAGGUGCAGUACAUAUUGUA